AUGCAGAAGGCAUCGGACCCGAUUCUCGCCUUGCCCACCAGCAGCCCACCACCAGUGGCAACACGACCCCUAGCGAUGGCGCCAAUGGCUCGCUGGCGGUGUAUUAGAGCGCAAAUGCCUGCAACCAUGCAGAAGGCAUCGGUCCCGAUUCUCGCCUUGCCCACCAGCAGCCCACCACCAGUGGCUACACGACCCCUAGCGAUAGCACCAAUGGCGCGUGGGCCGUACAUUAGAGCGCAAAUGGUAUCGCCACGGCGCGCCACGUCAACGGAGCCACCCCACGCAGCCUGCAACCGUGCAGAAGGCAUCGGUCCCGAUUCUCGCCUUGGCCACCAGCAGCCCACCACCGGUGGCAACACGACCCCUAGCGAUGGCGCCAAUGGCUCGUUGGCGGUAAAUUAG